AUGUGCUUCAAGUGCGGUCUGUGCCAGAAAUUACUGGAUUCCACUAACUGCACAGAACACGAAGGAGAACUUUACUGCAAAGUUUGCCACGCGCGCAAAUUCGGACCUAAAGGCUACGGCUUCGGUGGCGGUGCCGGUUGUCUAUCUAUGGACACCGGUGAUCACCUUAAAGGCGAGAACGCGGGUGGCCUUCGAACGAAUGGGGCAUGCAUGGAACCUCGUAUGAUAGCGAAAGCACCACCAGGAGAAGGAUGCCCGCGGUGUGGCGGCUACGUUUACGCUGCUGAACAGAUGCUAGCUCGCGGACGGGGAUAUCACAAGCGAUGCUUCAAAUGUUUUACUUGCAACAAGUGUCUAGACUCCAUGACGCAUUGUGAUGGACCAGAUAAAGAAAUAUAUUGUCAAGUUUGCUACGCCAAGAAAUUUGGGCCUAAAGGAUAUGGCUACGGCAAGGGAGCCGGAGUUUUACAGAGCGAUCCUUAUACCAAUGGUGACCAUGCUCCAAGAACAAAAGUGAUCGAUACUGCUGCAAUCCAGGCGCCUCCUGGUAAGGGUUGUCCUCGUUGCGGUGGUGUGGUAUACGCAGCUGAACAAGUCUUGGCUAAAGGCCGUGAGUGGCAUCGCAAGUGCUUUAAAUGCCGUGAUUGCACUAAGACUUUAGACUCCAUUAGUGCAUGCGAUGGACCUGACUCCGAGGUAUACUGCAAGACCUGUUACGGAAAGAAAUGGGGACCUCACGGUUAUGGUUUUGCUUGCGGCUCUGGAUUCCUACAAACUGAUGGUUUAACUGAGGAUGAAAUCUCUGCAAACCGUCCAUUCUACAAUCCAGACACCACCUCUAUCAAGGCGCCUAAAGGACAAGGGUGCCCACGAUGCGGUGGUAUGGUCUUUGCAGCGGAACAGCAAUUGGCAAAGGGAACCAUGUGGCACAAGAAGUGCUUCAACUGUGCUGAAUGCCAUCGCCCUCUGGACUCAAUGUUAGCAUGUGACGGACCCGACAAGGAGAUUCAUUGCCGCUCUUGCUACGCAAAGUUAUUUGGACCCAGAGGUUUUGGUUAUGGACAUGCACCAACACUGGUUUCCACCGAUUCCGAGCCAACUAUCACAUACACAGAACAGCUUCCAUUCACUGGACAGAAGGCAGCGAAAGGACAGGGAUGCCCUCGAUGUGGAUUCCCAGUCUAUGCUGCAGAACAAAUGAAUUCGAAGAAUGGCACAUGGCACAGACGGUGCUUCUCUUGUGGAGACUGCCACAGAUCUCUUGAUUCCACUAAUUUGUGCGACGGACCCAAUGGUGAAAUUUACUGCCGUGGAUGCUACGGUCGUAACUUUGGGCCUAAAGGUGUUGGAUUUGGAUUGGGCGCAGGCACUUUGACCAUGGCC